AUGUCAGAAGCCAUGAAAGCUUGGGAAUUCUUUUUUUGGGAGCGCCACAAAAAGUUUGCAGUGUUUUACGUCAAAGUUCUUGUUGUUCCAGUGUGCAGCACGUGGAAACUCAAUAUAUGUGGGCUACUGGAGGCUUCAGAGGAGGAAGUGAUCAAGCGAAGCCUUCGCCAUAGUACGCUUCGUAAUCACGCGACCCUCCCACCCUCUCGUUCUCCGUUCAUCAGCGGCUGUCCUCAGCAUCCCCUCUGUGAUGAUGGCGUGUGGAUGCUGCUGAUGCGGCGGUGCCUGGGGCCUAACCCACCGGUUACCGGGAAACCCGAAAGACGAGGACGCGAGGGGCUGGGCAGGAUGAGACCGGUUACCGGAUCACUGCUGCUGUAUCUCAUGUCACCAAGCGGAGGAGGAAAUGUCAGCUUUUCCCUAGAGGUCUUUAAGACCAGAGGCAUGAUGGGUGAAGCUACAACUAGAGGCUUUUACACUGGCACCGAGCCCCGUCUGCCAUCAUGCCAAGAUCUCCAGGCUAAAAAUUCUUGUGCCUUAUCUGUUUAUAUCAACAAUGAUGCCAGUCGUCAUUAUGGGCUUUUGUUUCUGCAUACAAGACUGAAAAAGCGUACCCGAAAGGCUUUCGGGAUACGGAAGAAAGAAAAGGACAGUGACGCCACUGGAUCCCCAGACAAAGACAAAUCUAAAAAAGCCAAUGGUGCACCUAAUGGUUUCUACGGUGAGAUCGACUGGGAUCGAUAUAACACUCCUGAUGUGGAUGAUGAAGGUUACAGCGUUAAACCCGGAGAACAUGGGGGAACAGCUCCAAAAGUCAACACGUUGCUCUCCUCCAGUGAGUCAGAGGGAGAGGAGGAGCAUGGGAAGAAAUUUAAGAUCAAGAUCAAGCCGUUGACGGCAAACAGUGGAAACUGCACAGUGUCUACUAUGGAUGAGCUGAAGGCCUCAGUGGGGACGCUGGCUAUCUCUCCUUCUCCUCUGAGAAAGAGUCCGAGGCGAAGUCCAUGCCCGAUGAAGCGAAAUCUAUCAAAUGAGGAGAUUGCCAGACCACGACGAUCUACUCCAACACCCACGACAACUCCAGGACCUGGUUCAGACCCGCCCAGGGAAAACACAAGAGCGUUCUUCGGCCCACCAUUUGAGACCAGUUUUGAAGAACACAACUCAGAAGUGUUCCUGGUUGAGCCGGAGCUCUGGUGUCAGUCCACUUCUCUCUCCACUUGUGUUCUCAGCAGAUCUCUGCCCACUGGAGCUCCGCCUCCACUGCCUCCAAAGAACAUUCCUGUCACCCCACCUGGACGCAGUUUUAGCUCUGUAGGGUCCUCCGGUUAUUAUAGUGUGGUUCCUAGCAUCAGAGGAGAUGGAUCAGCUUCAGUCUGUCAGGAUACCCCAUUAUCUGACCCAUCCGGAGAGGCGUCUAUGCCUGACUUGGACAGUGUUUUUGGGCCUGUUGAGACCCCCAGGUCUGGAUCAGAUGUGGUGCAGUGGAGCUGGGUGAGCUUCAGCGAAGGCUCUCCCACCCGACCCCCUCCCCCAGAUGAACCCGCCCCUUCUCCACCUCUGUCUUCUUCCUCCACGGAUUCACCCCCGUCCUCGCCCCUCAACCUGCCCCCUCCCCCUCCCCCACUCCACUCCAUCCCGCCUCCAGAAUCACCUCCACCACCGCCUCCCUCAGACUCUCCUCUGAGUCCUCCAGACCUCCCCCACUGCUUUCAACUCCCAGAGUCCGAGUUUGCCCAAGAGUCCCCCACCAGCCCUGGGCUGCCCUUCCUGCCAGCAGACCACCCACCACAUGGAACCAUACCUUCCCCUUUUGCCUUGAGAGAUGACAGCAGGAGAACCCCUGACAUGGUGGGCAUGAGGGAUGAGAUUUCAGUGUUUGGCACAUCACCCAAAGACCUUGCAGCAGGAAGCUUCAGAGGAACCCCACCUCCACUGCCACCACCUACUUACAGGAGUGUGGUGGGCUCCCCAGGGCCCGGCAGUGGGCCGUCCUCUCCUGCACGUGCCAGCACUCCCAUGUCUGCUGGCAGUCCAGUCCCACCUCUACCACCAAGACCAUCAUCACGACCUAAGCUACCACCUGGAAGACCAAAUCUAGCAGAUCUCGCCCGACCCUUCAGCCCCCCCAUCCACUCGUGGAGCCCUCCACCCUUUGCUCCUCUGGCCAGAGCUGAGAGCACCUCCUCCAUCUCCUCCAUCACCUCUCUGAGCGCAGCCUCUACACCUACACUAGGCCGUGAGCUCAACCUCUCUGUGUCAGUGUGUUCCAGAGGUCCAAGUCCUCUCACAAUGGGACCCCAGGACACUCUACCAGUUGCAGCCGCCUUCACAGAGACCAUCAGCGCUUACUUUAAAGGAGCAGAUCCCACUAAGUGUUUGGUGAAGAUCGCUGGUGAGAUGGUGCUGUCUUUCCCAGCAGGGAUCACCAGACAUUUCUCCACCCAUCCCAGUCCACCGGUGCUAACCUUCACCAUCAGCCAGUACAGUCGACUGGAGCAGGUCCUUCCCAAUCCACAGCUUCUGUGCUGCGACACCACACCACCUAUAGAUGAUUCAAAGGAGUUCUGGGUCAGUAUGUCAAACUUGUUGAGUCACCUGAAGAAAGUGGCUGAGCAGAGGCCACAGGCCACGUAUUACAACGUAGACAUGCUGAAGUACCAGGUGUCCACUCAAGGCAUCCAGUCCACUCCUCUGAAUCUUGCGGUGAGCUGGCGUGGUGAUGCCAGCAGCACAGACCUCAGGAUAGACUAUAAAUACAACACAGAGGCCAUGCCCACACCCACACCUCUCACCAAUAUCCUCUUCAUGGCAGCUGUGGACGGCGGCGUGAACAAACUGCAGGCUAUGCUCCCACCUGCCACCUGGAACUCAGAGACACAGAAAAUAACGUGGAAGAUUCCAGAGCUCUCACAGAAGUCUGAAAAUGGAGGAGUAGGUGCUCUUCUGGCUCGCUUCCAGUUAUCUGAGGGUCCCAGCAGACCUUCUCAGCUGGCAGUGCAGUUCACCAGUGAGGGCAGCACUCUGUCUGGCUGUGAUUUCCAACUCGUGGGUUCAGGCUACAGACUCUCCCUGGUUAAAAAAAGGUUUUCUGCAGGUAAAUAUCUGGCAGACAACUGACCCAGUCACAGUGAUGUAGGAUGGACUGUGAAUGGGAUGUUAGGAUGCUCUUUUGGCACUACAAAGACAUUUGAAAAAUGUUUUUAUUGAAAUACAGCACUCAAAAUCUCACCUAUAAUGUCUGGUGUAGAAUAUCAUCAGUGUGUUCUGUGGGUGUGUGUAUGUGAAUAUUAGUAAAUAUUUUGUGUAUAUAUGAUAAAACUUCAGGACAAAUGCAAUACAUAGACUUAUUUCGCUGGGUUCUUGCAGAAGGCAAAGUUUCCUUUUUUAUUAUUGCACAUUCUCUCUCUGCCCUAAACCAAACACACCUAGUGGCAUUACAAUUUAAUUAUACCAGGGUUCACAUAUGGAAUAAAUCUGUCAGAAGUGUUUGAUUUUCUUUUAAUUAUGUUGACAGAUAAUAAACAAUACGAU